CACGUAUCGUACGAGAUGGCUCGUGGACCCAAGAAGCAUUUGAAGCGUUUAGCCGCACCCAAGGCAUGGAUGUUGGACAAAUUGGGAGGUGUUUUCGCCCCCCGUCCCUCAACCGGUCCACACAAGCUGCGCGAGUCGCUGCCUCUGUUGAUCUUCCUGAGAAAUCGUCUUAAGUACGCUCUCAACGGCGCCGAGGUGACCAAGAUUGUCAUGCAGCGUCUCAUCAAGGUCGACGGCAAGGUCCGCACGGAUCCCACCUUCCCAGCUGGAUUCAUGGAUGUCAUCACCAUUGAGAAGACCGGUGAAUUUUUCCGUCUGGUCUAUGACGUCAAGGGACGUUUCACCAUUCACCGCAUUUCCGCUGAGGAGGCCAAGUACAAGCUGUGCAAGGUCCGCAAGACACAAUUGGGUGCCAAGGGCGUUCCUUUCCUGGUGACGCACGAUGGUCGCACCAUCCGUUAUCCCGAUCCUCUGGUGCACGCCAACGAUACCGUGCAGGUGGACAUUGCCACUGGCAAGAUCACCGACUACAUCAAGUUCGAUUCGGGCAAUCUCUGCAUGAUCACCGGAGGUAGAAAUUUGGGACGUGUCGGCACCGUCGUCAACCGUGAGCGUCACCCCGGCUCCUUCGAUAUUGUGCACAUUAAGGAUUCACAGGGUCAUGUAUUCGCCACGCGUUUGACCAACGUGUUCAUCAUUGGCAAGGGCAACAAGCCCUACAUCUCGCUGCCAAAGGGCAAGGGUGUCAAGCUGAGCAUCUCGGAGGAGCGCGACAAGCGUUUGGCCGCCAAGACCCAUUAAUACGCCAGCCUAGGGGACAAGAGUAAUGAGGAUUUUUACUUUUUAGCAUAACACUGUACGUCAAAGCUACGGAAUUACAAAUCAACGUAAAGAAAAAGUA